AUCGUGAUUAGCAUGCACCAAUCAGAUCUUGGCAGUCUGUUUUUUCUCUCAGUUUAUUGGUGGAAUUUUGGAUGACGUUUUAAAGAAGAAAUGUAUACAUUCUUCCCAGCGAUUUUGGAGCUUCUUGUUGUUUUAGGGCGAAAAACCGGAAAAUUCCUAAGAAAAAAUGGCGGUUUCUUCCUCGGAUUUCAAAUUCUCCACGACCGGAAUACAUCAGAGUUCGCUGAGCCCAAAAUACCUGCAUACAAACUCCACUAGUCACACAUGGCCAUUUAGCGCCAUUGCAGAACUAAUAGAUAAUUCAUAUGAUCCUGAUGUGAAAGCUAGUCAACUUUGGAUCGGCGAGGCUCGAAUAAAUAGCAAAAUCUGUUUGACGUUCACGGAUAAUGGCAAUGGUAUGCAGCGUGACAAGUUGUACAAAAUGUUAAGCUUCGGAUUUUGCGAGAAGGUUGCAGAUGGAACCCACAUGCCUGUUGGUCACUAUGGCAAUGGCUUUAAAUCUGGUUCAAUGCGGCUUGGGAAGGAUGCUCUGGUUCUGACAAAACAAAGAUAUACAAGGAGUAUUGGCUAUCUGUCUCAAACAUACUUGGAAGCCAUCAAAGCUGAGACUGUUGUUGUUCCCAUAGCAACAUGGGAUCAUACAGACUUAGAUGAUUAUAACCUUCAUGCCAACAGUGUUGAAGCUUUAAGAACUAUAUAUGAGCAUUCAUUGAUCAAAACAGAGAAAGAACUAAAUUAUGAGUUUGAUCAGAUUGAUGGAGAACAUGGAACAAGAAUCAUCAUCAGUAAUAUUCGUACAACUGCAGACAAUCAACCAGAAUUUGACUUUGUGACAGAUCAGUAUGAUAUUCGUAUCCCAGAUGACACAAGUCCAGAGGGAGAGAAAUAUCGUAAAACAAAUCGACAAAAUCAUGUUCCUGAGUGUGAUUACUCUCUCAGGGCGUAUUGUGCCAUCCUUUAUCUUAAACAAAUGCAGAUCUUUGUACGACAGAAGAAAGUAAAGACACUGGUUGUGGAGAGGAGUUUAAGCAACACAGAAGUGGAUCGCUAUCGUCCUACUUGUGCAGCUUCCGAUCCUGUUAAAGUUGUGUUUGGCUUCAACAGCCAAAACAAAAAUCAUUAUGGAAUCAUGAUGUAUCAUCGCAACAGGCUGAUCAAACCAUAUGAGAGAGUUGGCUAUCAGCUCAAGGCGAAUAAUUUGGGUGUUGGUGUUGUUGGUGUUGUUCAGUGUGACUUUCUACAGCCAACCCACAACAAGCAAGACUUUGAUUACACCAAAGCAUACAGGGCGUGCAUUAAUGCGCUUGGGCAAAAGUUAAAUGAGUACUGGAACGAAAAGAAAGGUCCAGUAAAAACAAACUUUGUUGAACCAAGUUUUCCUGAACCACAGGAAGUGAAAGCACUCCCAGACCAGACAUGGGUACAAUGCGACAAGCCAUCGUGUCUUAAAUGGCGUAAGCUUCCCGAUGGGAUAGAUCCUAAAACCUUGCCAGACAAGUGGUAUUGUCAUAUGAAUCCCGACCCAAACUUCAAGUCUUGUGAUGCACCUGAAGAAAAAGAAGAGGAAAAUGUUGUACCGUAUGAAAAGAAACAGAAAAAACGGCUAAUAAAAGAAAUGGAAGCAAAACAGAAAAGGGAACAGGCCACGAAAAAAGAGCAAGAUGAAAAGAUACGAAAUAUAUUGGCGAAAGAGGAAAUGUUGAAGAAGAGAGAAGAACAGUUAACUUUACGGGAGUCAGGAAACAUCCCAUCACCAAAGAUAAAGAUCGAGGGUUCGGCAAACUCUACACUAGUUACCUCUCAGAAAUCUUCAAGCUCGGUUGCAUCAAAUUCGAAGUUGCUGAAUGGCCAUUCAGCUUUGCGUACCCCUACAAAUAGCCAAUCAUCUCCACGUACUCCUGCUAAAGUCCAACCUACGUCAUUUGCCAAUUUAACUCCAUUGACGCGACCAAGAUUGGCAACAAACCAACUAACUCCUGCGAGCCAAUCAUCGGGUUUCGUUGUAUCUGCCCUCAAGUCAUCGACCUCGAAUAGACUUGGGGUGGCCAGCUCAUCUCCUACACAAAAGGGUACCCAAUCAAUUGGUGGUUCGUUAAAGCUUGGGGUCACGACGUCUUCAGUAAAUGAUGUAAAACCAUCAACAACAGCCUCUGUGUUCACAGCUCCCGUAAAGAUUUUGCCCAAAAAUGGGACAACAGCAAACGCUACGAUGACGACUCCAAACACAGUCAGAACUGUCACAAUUCCUAGUGUAUUAACAAAACAACCAACAACAGCAAACGCUACAAUGACGACUCCAAACACCGUCUCAGCCCCAAUAUUAAAUAAAGAUGUAAAACCGUCACCAUUAAGAUUGGCUGCUGUUGCUUACUCUGGUAUAACUGGUAACAAAUCAACCACACCUGAAGAUGUUAGAAAUGUUGUAUUGCCAGGAAUAAAACGUGGGCCCUCGGAAAAUUUGCUCAGUGCUAUUUCGGCUAAAAUACAACGUAAAAACUCAAGUCCAGGUGUCAUAAUCAUCGAUCCAACUCCUGUGCAGUCGAGUGACUCGAUGCAGCAGAAACCGCUGAAGGUUUCGGUUUCUGCGGACGUCCGUGUUCAGGAACUGGAAAAAAAGGUCUCCGAACUUCAAACAGAGCUGGCGAAAUGCAACAAGGACGCCGCUAUGAAAACUAAGAACUUAAACUUUUUGCUCGAGGCAAAAUCAGUACAAAUUCAACACAAGGAUAAAGAAAUAGUCGAAAAGAAAACUGCAUUGAAAGUAAUGGAGAAUAUUUUGAGCAAGAGAACGAAACAAUUGAAAGUAUUGCGAGAUAACGUGUGCAAGUUGUUGCAGGUUUUAGUGCCGGAAAUCGACGUCGAGUCCGAAGGCCAUGACGAAGGAAUUGAUGAUUUGCUCAAACAGGUGUUAGAGGCCAAUAAAUAAUUUUCAGUGUGUAUUGAGUAGCUUAAUGAGAAUGAAAAUUCCCUUACUUUGUCUGGGUGCAUUCCCCUCGCCUUGGAAAACAUACGUAAUCUGUAUUCAUAAAAAAUCCUCGCUGUUACGUUAUGUAAAUAAGAAAAGAAUUACCUAGAGUA